AUGAUGAACGACUUAGUUCCAAAGCUGAGCAGAAGGAAACGAGCAGCUUGGGGAGCUUUCAAGAGCACCGAGGAUGUAGUGAAGAGAACAAAGAACACCCGACUCCGUGCCCACUUUUGCGACUCAACGGUUCUUCCUGCCCUAACGUAUACGUCAAAAACUUGGUCGCUGCGUAAGCAGGAGGAAAGGUCAGUCAGCGGUAUCGAACGCGCUGUCGAAAGGGCGAUUCUAGGAGUAACCCGUUCCACACAAUUAACGGAUGGGAUCCGAAGCUCCGAUCUGCGUCAACGAUCAAAAAUCAAAGAUGCCGUUCUGUACGCCAAACAGUCGAAGAUAAGGUGGGCUGAACACGCAAUGCGUAUGAAUGACAACCGAUGCACAGGAGCCGUUAGUGACUGGAUUCCUCGGGAUGUCAAACAUACUGCAGGGAGACCACCGACCCGAUAG